CUCGAGUCGGCCGACGGGCACCCCCGCGUGACCGCGUGGCCGCGCGACCCCGCGCCACGCCACAGCGUUCGGGCCUGCGGCCUCGGGGCGGGAGCCGUGGUGUCGCAUGCUCGCCGGAGCGGUGCCGAGCGCCCAGCGCAUCGCGCAGAUCGUCCGCUCCCAGGAGCAGGACCUCGCCCUGCGGGCCCAGCAGCGCCGCCUGGCGGACGCCGCCGCGUGCCUGCCCGGCGUGACGACCCUCUUGGCGGGCUCGGCGGGGGGCGCCGUGUCCCUGGUGGUGGACUCCAAGGUGGCCCAGCUGGCCGAGCGCCUCGCGGUGCUGGUGGCGGGGGUGCAGCAGCGGUGCGAGGCGGAGCGGCAGGGCGUCGAGCGGCGCCUGGAGGACGUCGAGCGGCGCCUCGAGGCGCGCCUCGCGGCCUGCGAGCGCACGGGCCUCGCCGAGGGGGCAGGCCCCGGGCCGCUGGGCCUGCGCGAGGUGCAAGCCGCCGUGGACGCCGCGCUGCUGGGCGCCGAGGGCAGGUGGUCGGAGCUGCUGGCGGAGCUGCGCGGCGAGCUGCGGGCGGAGCUGGGCGGCAGGGCGGACGAGUUGGCCGAGGGGGCGCGGCUCCAGGCCGCGAGGCUCGCGCAGGCGGAGGCCGCGCUCGACUCCACCGCGGCCGCGGUGAAGGGCCACGGGCACUCGCUGGAGCAAUCCGCGGGGCUGCUGCGGGAGCACGAGGAGCGCCUGCAGGACCUGCUGGCCGGGCUGGAGCACGAGCGCGCCCUCGGCCUCGACCAGCUCGGGGGCGCCGUGGCGAACCUGGAGCGCUGCCUCGACGAGCUCUGGGGCGCCUCGGAGGCGGAGCUGCAGCGCCUGCGCCUCGACCUGGAGGCGCUGCGCCGCCGCUCCGCGGACGGCCUGCUGGGGCUGCGCGACGACGUGCUGCGCCUGGUGGAGGCCCGGCUGGAGGCGGAGCUGGCGCACCUCCGCGCGGAGCUCCGCGGCGCGCGGCGGCCCGCCGCCGCCGCCGCGCCGCCGCCGCCGCCGCCAGAGCGGCGCCGCUGCGACGACGACGGCGGGGCGGCGGGCGCGCUGGCGCGCGAGCUGGGGCGGCGCCUCGAGGACGCGGAGGCGCGGCUGAGCGCGCUGCGCGUGCGCGUGGACGGGCAGGACGGGCGCCUGGCCGGCCUGCUGGAGCGCGCGGAGGCGGCGGGGCAGCAGGCCCAGGACGCGGCACGGCAGGCCUCGCUGCAGCAGCGGGAGGACAUCCUGGCCGAGACGGACUGCCAGCUCCGCAUCGUGCGGCAGCGGGUGGACACGCUCGGCGAGCUGUGCGAGGAGCUGCUGCGGCUCGGCCCCGAGGAGGAGCUGGCUCCCGUGCACCGCCGCGCCGCGCGGUCGUCGCUGCUGCUGCGCUGAGCAGGCAGGGCGGCGCCUGCAGCCCAGCAGUCCCAGAGCAUGUCUUCCGCAGGAGGCAUCUGCACGGUCAGGACGCUGAAACAAGGACCGCUUUGGGUUCGGAAGGGGCUCGCUGUUUCUCA